AUGGGUAGAGUUAUUCGCAAUCAGCGUAAGGGUCGUGGAUCCAUCUUCACGGCCAACACACGCCUGAACAAGGCUCCUGCCAAGUUCCGCAACCUCGACUAUGCCGAGCGCCAUGGCUACAUUCGAGGUGUAGUCCGAGAGAUUGUCCACGAUGCUGGCAAGUUCCCCGAACGAUGA